AAUAUUAAUAUUGGUCUGUAAUCCGUACUUAUUGACGGAGAAACAGUUGUAUUUUUCCCUGCUAAGAACUCGACGUGCUCAGAGCCAUUCGUCAAUUUAAUAAUUGUUGUUGUUAACGUUAAUCGCGGUGACAGAUUUCCACGAAAAACUCGAAAGACGCUUAACCAACAACUACGGUACAUACCUUUAAAUACAAAUACUUUAGAUAAUAGAUUAUACAUCGUACACACAACCGUCACAAGUCGAGUUCAAGUACACUGCACAGAGUUUAAUUUGGAAUGGUACGUUGCCCGUCGGCCGCGUACGUACGAAAAAUAUAUUUUUAUAAUUUAUGUUGGUUGUGAGUUUUAGUAUGCCGGUUGUGCAAAAUGAAAUUUAAAACUGUAGCGGCUCUACUGGACGGUGUGCACACAGAUUUUGUAGCGUCGGUGUUCGAGGAUACUACCUUUAUUGCGGUCACUCAAAAUUCAAAACUAGGAACGUUGUAUCUGGUCAAGCCGGAAUCUUGUACAUUGGAAGAUCAAGGAUACGACAUAAAAGUGCUAUUUGGCCGAGAAGACGAUAAUCAAACUUCAAGUAUUGUUAGUUUGAUGCGAGCAUUAAACGUUAACAGCAGAACUAUUAUUUCUCUUAUGAUUGAGAACACUAACUUCAGAACUUUAAGAGCUGUACAACAGGUCUUAUCCACACUGAUUUAAAAAGUUAACUUACCAAGCAACAUGCCUCUAUACGGUCAAGUCAUCAUUGGGCCACCGGGUAGUGGAAAAACUACGUAUUGUGAUGAAAUGAGCAAGUACUUACAAGAAAUGGGCAGACGAGUAGCUAUAAUCAAUAUAGAUCCAGCCAAUGAUUCACUGUGUUACAAAGCAGCAAUUGAUAUAUCAGAACUUAUCACAGUUGAAGAUGUUAUGGAUUAUGUAAAUUUAGGACCCAAUGGAGCUCUGAUUUAUUGUAUAGAAUACUUGGAAAAGCGGCUUGAUUGGUUGUUAGAAAAAUUAAGGAAACUGACUGAUUAUUAUUUAUUUUUUGAUUGUCCUGGACAGGUAGAAAUAUACACUCAUCAUAACUCAAUGAAAAAUAUUAUGUCUGCAAUUAAAAAUGAAUUAGAUUUGCGGUUAUGUUGUGUACAACUCAUUGAUUGUCAUUAUUGCAGUGAUCCAGGUAAAUACAUUUCAGCACUUCUGAUGUGUACAUCUACUAUGUAUCAAAUGGAAUUGCCUCAUGUGAAUAUAUUAUCAAAAAUAGAUAUAGCUGUUAAACAUAAGUCAAAGCUAUUAUUCAAUUUAGAUUUUUACACAGAUGUAUUGAGUCUUGAUCAGCUAUUGGAUGCAUUGCAAAAUGAUCCCCACACUUCAAGGUAUCAUCGUUUAAAUAAAGCUAUAGUUAGCCUAAUUGAGGGUCAAAAUAUUGUUUCAUUUGUACCGCUUAAUGUGAAGGAUAAACGUACCUUGGAAUUGGUAAGAAAGAACAUCGAUAGAGCUAAUGGGUACAUUUUUAACCCCGAAGAGAAUCAAAAUGCUGCAAUGCUGAACUCAGUUAUGCAAUUGGAUAUCAACGAUUUAACUCUUGACGUUUUAGAAGAUUUACCCAAAUCGGAUUCAUUGGAUACAAUGAUGCAAACUUAACUUGUAAUACUACAGUAAAUAGCUUUAUACAAAAAUGUUGUCAAUAAAGAUCUAAUUUUUCCUUUA